AUCAAUCACUACGAGAUUGUUGACGAACUUGGCCGCGGCACGCAUGGUAAAGUCAAGCUGGGCCGUGACCUCACCACCGAAGGGACCUUUGUCGCGAUCAAGAUUGUCGAGCGAUUUUCGAAACGACGAAAGUUGGGCAGACUUGGUACGACGGAAGACAAGGUGAAGAAGGAGGUUGCCAUCUUGAAGAAGGCUCGUCACCCAAACAUUGUGGGAUUGCUGGAAGUCAUCGACGAUCCGAAUCGUAAGAAGGUUUACAUUGUGCUUGAAUGGGUGGAACGUGGAGAGAUCAACUGGCGGCUGGAAUAUGUACCCAUCAUGACUUUGGAACAGUGUCGAGUCGCAUUCCGGGAUACUCUGCUUGGUCUACAGUAUCUGCACUACCAGGGUAUCGUCCACCGCGACAUCAAGCCUCCCAAUCUCCUCGCAACGUACGACAAUCGAGUCAAGAUUUCCGACUUUGGCGUGUCGUACUUGGGCAAACCAGUACGCGAUGGCGAAUCGGAGGACACCGUCGGCACUCCUGCUUUCUACGCGCCGGAACUAUGCUUCACGGAGCCCACCGAGGAACCUGUGCCUGUGACAAAGGCGAUUGAUGUCUGGGCCAUGGGCAUCACACUGUUCUGCAUGCUGUUUGCGCGCACGCCAUUUGUGGAUUCAGAGUACGUUGUCAUGCGUCAGAUCGCUGACGAGGAGAUUUACAUCCCCGACAAGAGACUUCAACCCCCAACGGCAUCCAGCCGACGCGGAGAACUCGAUUUGAUCUACGAAGACAUCAGCGAUGAACUUCAGGAUCUGUUACACCGUCUCCUCAUCAAAGACCCACGACAUCGAAUUACGCUAGAGGAAGUGCGACAUCAUCCUUGGGUUCUUGAGGAU